AUGUUCAGACGAAAAGGCAUGAAACCAUUUCUUGAAAUAAAAUAUUUUCUUAUUCUAUUGACAUUUUGCAAACUAAUCUAUCUAUCUAUCUAUCUAUCUAUCUAUCUAUCUAUCUAUCUAUCUAUCUAUCGCUUUGUCGGACGGGCCAUUCAGCCGAGCGUUUUCUAUAUAGGCGAUUGUGAGAGAAUGUUUAAAAAGAAAAUACCAAAAACUGAUCCUACGAAUCCUAAGCGCCUGACUAAAGAUCUGCCCAAAGUAAUCAAAACUAUUAAAAACGAAGAUCGAAUUUUGCUUGUGGGAACAUCCCGAUGUCCAUAUGAAGCAGAAAUGAAACCACUUUCCAAUCUUUACCAAAAAAUCAUCCUCGUUCCAAGACCAGAUUACUCUUCGCGAUACAAAAUUUGGCAGAAGAUGGUUCCAGAAAAUCGUGGUCAAGUGACUAGCAAUUUUGACAUGACAUCCCUAGCCAAGUUGAGCGAUGGUUACACUCCUGGCCACAUCAUUUCUGUGAUACAGACAGUCCUUACUGAUCGCAGGGUGAACCAACAAGCCAAGAAACCACUGCAGGCCAUUGAAUUUCUCACACCGCUCGCUCGAAUCGAUCCGAUUUUUAAAGAAGAGGAAGAAGUUUUCAAGGAAUGGUAUACGAAAACACCGCUGGGCAAGAAACGCAUAAAAGCCGCCAAAGGAGACGACGAGGAAGAUGUAUCUAUCUAUCUAUCUAUCUAUCUAUCUAUCUAUCUCACAAAGGUUAGAGGAAAAGUAACCCUAGAGUUGCCUCCGAGUCACCAGCCCUCGAGAGAAAGACCACUCUAA